AACGGCGAGGAGAGGAAGGGCGUUCAACUGGUGAGGCGAGGCAGCGCUUUAAUUGGGAGGAAAAAGGCGAGAAGGAAGAAGGAGACUCGCGACCGAGCCGCUCCCUACCUAGUUCUCUCCCUCGCUCUCUCUUUGCCGCCGCGUUUAGGGAACGCUGUGGGGCUCCUUCCCCAGCUGCGAGUGGGUGUGCGAGGCAGAGGAAAAAGAGGGGUGAUGCGUUUCCCGCUGGCGGCCAUCUCCACCGAAGCCGCUGCUUCCACCGCCGCAGCCGCUGCGUCCACCGGGGCUUAAGAGAGGCGCAGCUCGAGCGGAAUCUUCCGCCCUCGACCGGAGAACGGGCUUUCGAGUAAGCGGGAUCUCUAUCCCGACAUGAGCCGCGAAGUCUGAACGCCCAGCGACGCUCUUCCACCCGACAAGCCGACCCCGCCGCCCGCCGCCCCAACCACUUACCCACCCCGGCGAAAUCCGUCCGACUGCCGGAGAUGGGGGUGAACUCGGUGCACUGGUUCCGCAAGGGGCUUCGACUCCACGACAACCCAGCGCUGAGGGAGGUCAUCGAGGGGGCCGACACGGUGCGCUGCGUCUACAUCCUGGACCCCUGGUUCGCGGGGUCCUCCAACGUGGGGAUCAACCGGUGGAGAUUUCUCCUUCAAUGUCUUGAGGACUUGGAUGCCAACUUAAGAAAACUAAACUCUCGUUUAUUUGUGAUUAGAGGACAGCCUGCAGAUGUAUUUCCUAGGCUUUUCAAGGAAUGGAAUAUUUCAAAACUUUCUAUUGAAUAUGACUCUGAACCAUUUGGAAAGGAGAGAGAUGCAGCAAUUAAGAAAUUGGCCAUUGAAGCAGGAUUGGAAGUCAUUGUACGGAUAUCACAUACCUUAUAUGACUUAGACAAAAUUAUAGAAUUAAAUGGAGGCCAGCCACCUCUUACUUAUAAGAGAUUCCAAACUCUAAUAAGUAGAAUGGAACCAUUGGAGAUGCCUGUGGAAACUAUCACUGCAGAAGUCAUGUCAAAAUGUGCCACCCCAGUUUCCGACGAUCAUGAUGAAAAAUACGGAGUUCCAUCACUUGAAGAACUAGGUUUUGAUACAGAUGGAUUGCCUUCUGCCGUUUGGCCUGGAGGAGAAACAGAAGCACUCACGAGAUUGGAAAGACAUUUGGAAAGGAAGGCUUGGGUUGCAAACUUUGAACGACCUCGAAUGAAUGCAAAUUCCCUUCUUGCAAGUCCAACGGGACUUAGUCCUUAUCUGCGUUUUGGCUGUUUAUCUUGCCGUCUAUUUUACUUCAAAUUAACAGAUUUGUACAAAAAGGUGAAAAAGAACAGUUCUCCUCCUCUUUCCCUCUAUGGCCAAUUGUUGUGGCGUGAAUUCUUUUACACGGCAGCCACUAGUAAUCCACGAUUUGAUAAAAUGGAAGGCAAUCCCAUAUGUGUGCAGAUUCCUUGGGACAAAAAUCCGGAGGCUUUGGCCAAGUGGGCAGAGGGUCGGACAGGGUUCCCUUGGAUUGAUGCUAUUAUGACCCAGCUGCGUCAGGAAGGCUGGAUUCAUCAUCUUGCCAGACAUGCUGUGGCAUGCUUCCUAACGCGAGGUGAUCUGUGGAUUAGCUGGGAAGAAGGAAUGAAGGUAUUUGAAGAAUUGCUUCUUGAUGCAGACUGGAGUGUGAAUGCAGGCAGUUGGAUGUGGCUGUCUUGUAGCUCAUUUUUCCAGCAAUUUUUCCACUGUUACUGUCCUGUGGGUUUUGGCAGGAGAACUGAUCCUAACGGGGACUACAUCAGACGGUAUCUACCUAUACUCAGAGGUUUUCCUGCAAAGUAUAUAUAUGAUCCUUGGAAUGCCCCCGAGGGAGUCCAGAAAGCUGCAAAAUGUAUAAUAGGAGUAAAUUACCCCAAGCCAAUGGUAAAUCAUGCUGAGGCGAGUCGAUUGAAUAUAGAAAGGAUGAAACAAAUCUACCAACAAUUAUCCCGAUACAGAGGAUUGGGUCUCCUUGCUUCAGUGCCUUCAAAUGGAAAUGGAAAUGGAAACGGAAAUGGUGGCCUAAUGGGAUAUUCUUCAAACGAAAAUCUCUCUGGUUGUGUUGGUACAAAUGGCACUCAAAUGGGAACCAGUGAAGGACAUACAGGGAAUGUUCAAUCAUGUACCCAUGGAGAGACUCAUAAAGGAAAAAGUGGAAUUCAUCAGCAAGGUUAUGCUCAAGGGAACAGUGGAAUUUUACAUUAUGCUCAUGGGGACAGUAAAAAAACACACUUAGGGCAACAAGGAAGAACAUCACUUAACAAUGGAUUGUGCACUGGGAAGCGGCCAAAUCCAGAAGAAAGAAUUCAAAGCAUUGGUCCAAAAGUCCAGCGACAGAGCAGUAAUUAAUGGGGUAAAACUGAGUUGUGAAGGAAAUGAUUGAUAAACUACAUUCUAGUCUCACAAAGAGGAAACUAAGCGUGCCUGCUGCAUAUUUUUGGAGCAUAACUUUCUUGGAAGAAGUGGACCAAACACCAUUGCAUCUAAAAUCCUAUUUGGCGGUGGUCAAGAACUCCCUGACAUUAAUUUCAUACUUUGAGCGGUCAUAAUCUUAUCCUAAGUGUGACUUGUAUUGUCAUUUAACUACACCUAGUUUCUAUUUUUCCAUUAAAUUGUGAAUUAAUAUGGUUUUGUUUCUUUGAAUUUGUUGCGAGGUAAAAAUAUUCACUUGAAACCCACCAGUCAUUUGCGUAUCAUCUUGGGUAAUGGGCAGUAUUUAUUUUUUCUUGAAAUUAUUUGUUAAUUUUAAUGCAUCCCAAUUUAUUUUUAUAGUGGGAAGUUUAAAAAAGAAAUUUCAUCUGUUGUCAUUUUCUACAGAUACUUUUCCCUAAGCAGCUUAAUAU